ACGCUUCUCCAGUUCGAUGGAGAUACGUUCGCGCUUCUUGACCAAUUUCUCGUGAUCCUCAACGGCCUUCACUUCUGCGUCAUGGAGACGCUUGUUUGUUACUUUCUGCCAAGUGUUAGUGAGAUACGGAGCUUUUGUUCGUGGACCUACAAUGUAUCCUUGCAUUCGUUGGACUAUACAGUCCAUUCCUUUCGAGUAUAACUCCAGCAAUUGCUCUAGCGUCACGACGGUCUCGGUGAGCUCGUCAUUUUCUGCUUUUAAAGUCGAGUUCUCGCGUUGUAGACGCGUCAAUUCGUUUUCUGAACAAUGUUGCGUAUAAGUGUCUAGCCGACUCUACACAGCGACAUUGAAUGUCAGCAUUUCUGGAAACAUGUCCUCGGAUGUAACACGUCGUAAAGAGUGUUCUCAUACCUUGAGAGCGUCUGCGUGCUUUCUCAAAUAAUGGUAGUGCUCUGUGCUAGCCUGCAGCUGUGCUUGCAGCUUGUUGACAAAGUCCUGAAGGACGUUUUGCUCGCCGUCUGUGAUAUUCAUGUUAAAGGCCAGGAGUAACUGUGGAGGGAGCGAUGACUUUAGCGACCGUUAAGCGACAUACGCGAGAAUGCGAUUUCGAGAAGAAAAAACAGCAAUUGUGCGGACCAGCGCUUUCGUUGGCCUCAAAGACGCCUCAGACGCUACAGCAGAAGUCUGAGAUACGCGAGAAGCAGUGCUCCAGAACUAUACUCGUGUGUUAGCAAUUCGUUGCAAAGGUGAACAUCGAAGCUUGUCACAGAACAACAUAAAAACACAGAAAGCUCAUUGAUUUUGGCCUUCUGCAUACAUACCCGGUAAUAAUUCCUAGCAGCCAUUGAAGCGUCUGGCUUUUUAAGCUGGCGAAUUGCAUACGCAAGUGAGAAGCCUCUGUAUGCACUCGAGCAGAUACUUCUCGCACUUCGAGGUCUUGGGCAGAAGCUUCGUCUCGGUUGUGGAUGCGUUCAGUGAGCAUCUUCAGCCUUGCAUCUGCAAGCAGCGUAUGGAUCCGGUCUUCGAAGGAUGUACGCAAACGUUCUACAUCUGUCGAAAGUCGCUCCAGCUCUGUGUGCAACACGGUCAUUUCUUCUCGUUCAAUGCUUUGCAGAUCGCUUCUAAGAUGUGCAAAGUCUACUUUCUGCUGGUAAAUCGCACGCUCUUGCUGUUCUCUGCUCACAAACUGUCUUGCAUUCCUUUCGUUUCUAAAAAACUCGUUAACGUCUACUUUGGAUUCAUCAAUUCAGUACGACUAAGGCUUACGUUUUCGUGAAAACAUCGUGCACUGUCCUCAUAAUACUAUUAGCUUCUACAGGCGUCCAUCCGGCCGCCUCGAGUCCACGAACAAAUUUGAGUGUGUCAAACGCGUGAAAUGACCUUUGAUCAGCUACAUUCAAAGGUCGUAUACUGUAUCGUCCCCACAGGAUUCCCCUAUGCAGUCGUUGUACAGUUUUCAGCCCGACUAACAUUGUUUAUAUCAUCAGCCGCAGUUUUCGUGCUCUGAGGUGUAGUGCUGGAGUCCGACUUUUUCUUCUGGGCCUUUAUUGUUUUGCAUCGAUCAGCAUCCAAUGCUUGUUCAUGAGACGUCAAAGCUGUGGCCAUAGAAAGCAAUGCAUCCUUGGUGUAAUGAGCGUCGUUUCCAGCAUUAUGAAGUCCAAAUGGAAUGACAGAUAGACUACUCAGUAGUUUGUUCAAGCCAAUAAGUUGGUUAUGAACAACACCGAGACAGGUGUACGAGUAAAAUCGGUACACAUCCUGGGUGUCAACUAAAGCAACAUGCGGUGGUAUCUCAAUUCUCAGCUUCCCCAAGUACUUCAACUCGUUCCUGAGGCCAUGUGCCACGACAACAAGAUUGGGUAACCGCAGGUAGCCUGUAAGUACUUCACAGAGCUGUCGUCUUCCAAUAAUGAUGGAUUCUCCGAAUUUAAAAUGUUCUGAGUGAUCUGCAACAAAUCUUCCAUUUUUCAAAUGCAAAUAAUCUCGGACACGAUAAUGAUAAGUUUUCCAAGACUUUUUCCGAAACAAACAUACUCCUGCUUCUGUAACAAGGUCCUGAUUACGCUCAUACGCUUCAAAAUCCAGCACGAGAACAUUUGCAUUUUUGGAACUAUAAAUGUAUUUAAACAAUUCAUACGCUCUCCUCCCUUUGUUAAUCUGAGCCAAUGUUUUCUCGUUCAUCUUGUUUCUUUCAAAGAAUAGGGUCUUGUUGAAAACACCUCUUCUCCUAAUUCCGAGCCUUCCGGUGGGAUUGCUGGUACUUGCAAGAGAAAAAUUUACUAUUGCUUAGCAGAUGAAUCUGGCUAAUCCAGCGAACUAUUUCUAGAACUGAAGAGUCAUUAUAAAAGGGAGAAGCAACUGCCUCAUACCCAUUCCUCCAUGCGUAUUGUCCGAGUUCAAUAUUGCUUGUUUUCUGAAAGUGAAAGAGUUUAAGCGAUGAAUAACAUGGAGGUUUAUUGGUCGUUAAAUGAUCGUUUUUAAUUUAAGCAUUCUGGUACGCAAAGCUGCCGGUUUUAAUUACGCGAAUUGGGUGACACCAAUUUGAAGUGAAAGACCAGUAUUCGGCUGUCACGACUAUUGAAAAGUUGUUCAAGUCCGUAUUGAGUUGCUGCAUUUGUCCCUCUAGCUUUUCCAUCCGUCAGGAGUAUCUAUUUCGUUCGUUUGAAUUCGCACCGAUUGCAUGAAUAGGCUCAAUUUACAUUUACUGCAGUCAUCAUCAAUUACAAUUGCCCCUAUACAACUUCAAAAAAAUUAAAUAGGGACUAAUUGGCCGAAGGUUGCACUUCUGUUAUAAAAGUUCUGAUGUCAACAUGCACUUACUGCACAGGAAUGAGUUGAACUGAUGGUUUGUUAAUUAAUUAUCUUAUGAUAAUUGAGUAAUGGCUCAAUACCGUCUUUGAGCAGCUGCUAUUCGUUAACAUUUGUUUACAUGUAAGUCAAUAAACAAAAUGUAAACAAACAGAAUAUGAGGUAUAAAUAGAUGUUUCAGACCUACACGCUACUCUAUAUUUACCUACUUCUGUAUUGGUAUUUAAUUUCUACUGCUCGUUCUGUGGAUAUAACUUUCGACUCAGUUUCCCAUUUGAGCAACUCAUCAACGAAAUAAGUUGCUCUCUUUAUUAUACAGUAUAAAACUGCUUCAUUGUUGGUCUUGAAGACGCCGCAGAAGCAGCGAUAUAGCUCUGUUUACACUUGUACAUUCGUACUCAAGCAGACUAUAAACAUUUUCAUUCCAUUAUUUACACUUUUUUUCGAUUGUCUUUACUAGCCUUGAGGAUUUAAUCUUCGUGCUAUCCAUUUUGCAACGCGAUCUCUAAUUGUGUUUGAUUACCGUUGAACUUAUUCUCAGCAUUACACUUUUUGCUACUGUACUAUUAUUCCAUGAUGCCUUCAAUUGCCAAUUGUUACGCAGCGUUACACGUUACUCUUGUAUAUGCUCUUAUUACCGACUUGUUUAUUUUCAGAGCAUCCACAACUCUCUGCGGUUUUAAAUGCAUGAUAUGGUUCUUCCGAAACAUUUUGAACGAAAUUUCACACUUUAGUCGGUUUAAAGAUUGCACUCGUUCGAAUACGGAGAAACUUACGAAUCGGUUGCUGUCAUUCGUUUUCACUUGUCACUUACAACUGAGUUCUUGCUUUCCAGUGCUAAGCUCCUUUGAUAUAGAAUGGGCACUAUCAUUUUUGCGGAAUACACUUAAUGAGUCAAUUCCAAUCUUGUUUAUGGCGUUUGUCGUUUUGAAAACAAUGGCAAGCGCCGUCUUUAAAUUCUUGAGGGAAGCAAAGACAAUUAUUUUUGAAAACGUCGAAACUUUGAGCGAGAAUGAAUCAAAUCUAAUUUUGGAUAAACUCGCACCAGUCGAUUUAUUCUCUCCGCUGAACUUAAUCGUGGGCAGUGAACCCAAGAAUCUACGUGAAGAAUCAAGAAGCUUUAUGAGUAAUCGCCUAAAAAGAAAAAUUGCCAGAAGGCGAUUUAAAAGAGUUGUUCAUGAGCUUACACCUAUCCCCGAGGAGCUUGACGCUGAUUAUGAAUCCAAAACAGCAAUGAGAACUACAGACACUUCACUGGAUGAUGCUACAAAUCGAUUUCUAAAGACGACUGAAUUAGAUUUGAACACAUCAGAGAAACAGAAUACUGAUUCACCUUCGGAUGUGUUCAUUGUCGACGGUUCUAAUUAUUCAGAUUCUUCAGACACAGCUAACAACUCCUGUACGCUCACAGAUUCGUCGAAUCAACAUUCAAAUGCCGUUGAGGCCAAUAUUUCAAAUGACCGUCACCUUAUGAUUGAUCUUAAUGUAUUCGUGUCAAAGAUUAACAGUGCUUUACGGCAAGGCAUCCCCACCGAAGUAACCCUUCUUAAAGCGGGUACUGAUUCUAAUUCCACGAUGAAUGGAAUACUUAAAACUGACGAAGACGAUGUGAAUUUGAUGUCUGAGAACGAGUCACUCAAUCGUUGUCAUACAAGGGUUAUUACUGAAGAAACUGAAAUCACAUCCAGUGCUGCUUCCACUGAAGCUACUAAUUCUACUAUUCAAAGCCCAUGCGAAAAUGGAAAACCUAAAUUACGAGAAAUGGUAGAGGAUGAACAAUAUCCUAUUCCUCGACCAAAUUAUGAUGGGGUAUUUGAACGGCUUCCUCGAACACGCGAUCUUUGUGCCGAUGAUUUUGAAAAUCAACUUGAUGACGAUCUUAAUUCAGCUCAUGGAGAUGAUCUUUCGGAAGAUUACAAGCAACCUGACGAAAACGAAUAUCGAGAGGUCAAACAGAAAGAGGAGUCCGGACACUUGAUUUCAGGAAGCUCACGUAACAGCAGCAGUCUUCCCCUUCAGCAGCCAGAAGAGACUAUACUUCCAAUUGAAAACGAAGUUGUUAAUCAAGAAAUUAAUGAUCUCGACUCUAGUGAUCCGUCUCCUUGUGCGAUUAAAAAAGAGAAGAUUCCCCCAAGAGCACAAAAUCAGACGCCAAGUGUAGUUUUUCAGCCAAAGGACUUUGAUAUUCGUGUUAUUCCUCUUGGUGUGCCAACCCAACGAUUUGAUUUUGAACUGAAGCAGGAUUUGAAUCGUUAUAUAAACAAGAUGGAGGAAGCCACAAUGCUUUACAAACGACUGCUAGACGAAGUCGUAUCUGGAAAGAUUCUCGAUCAUGAUCUUUACCAGGACAAACUGAUUCAGAUUCGCAGGGCCGUUGGCUCACACCACACUUACAAUGUUCUUCUUUACCACAGACUCUCUCUUUUCAUCAACUGUGCUUCUUCAUAUUCGGCACUCCUGCGGCCAAUUUAUGGGCUUUGUCACGAACUUCUUGAAUUCCGCGAUAUGUACGAUUUUGUCGGAAAUCCCAACCAUGGGUUCAUUGGGGCUAGCGUGUUUGUCGAGCGUAUGAACUAUAUCCUCCGACUUAUGCAAGACUAUCGCUUAUUUCUGGAUGCGAAAGAAGUCCAGACUUACAUGCAGGCAAAGAAAGCCGAAUCUUACCGUGCCGCUGAGGAAGUUCAGCUGCAGACCAUGAACGGAACUUCUGCAUACGCACUUCAAGCAUAUCGCUAUAACCAAAAUUUUCAACCGGCACCAGUUUGCAGAUAUGGUGAGUACGACAACAUUGCUCAAGUGAAUCCCCCUCCUGGAUUUGGUUAUGCUACACCAGUGAAGCAACAACCUAUACAAGAAGUUACAUUUCAAGCAGCAAAUGCCAAUCGAGAAGGUCAAUAUCAAUAUCUGAGAACAGGUUUCGGACAAUGCAUUCAGGAGCAACAGUCUCCUGAAAAGAACAUUAACCCGACUGAGGAAACGCAAAAAGAAGAACCAUUUGACGAGGAAGAAGAUGUCUAUGGUGGUGUUCAAUUGGAUAGAAUGGCACCGUUUAAACCUCCUGUUGAUUUUACAGGGGAAGAAGAAAACGUUUCUCCCCUACCAAAGAAUGGGCCUGCCAUUUUACAGAGAAAUGUGACCCAGAACCCAUUCACUGUUUUCGCACGUCCACGUUGAUAAUCUUAUCCUGUUCACGUUUCUUUUUGAGGAGCAUGAAGGAUGAAAAGCUAAGGAUACUUGUUCAAAAAUUUUGUCCCUCUCUGUCUCUUUUCCCCUCUUUUUAAUCUCUUUCUCUUUCUUUUUUUGUUUUCUACCUUCUUUCUCUCUCCCUCCUCUUGUCUUUUUCAAUGUAUUUGAGAAGCAAUUGACGGUCUUUCAAUCGACUUUAUGGUUGUUUUCUAAAGCAACGAAUAACCACUAGGGGCAACUUCUUGUAAUACUGUACUGUUAUGUUCUUUAGGGCUACGGCCAUUAAUUAUCAGCUUGCAUCCCGAUAGCAAUGAGUUUUUAAUGAAAUGUGUAACAUCAAAUACGACUUGGCUUGUUCGCGAAUUCAAUUCCGAUAUAAAUUUAGUCUCCCCUUCAAUAUGACGAGCCCAGGUUUAUCUAUAGCGCCUCAG